AUGGACAUCCGCGCGCGUUUGAAAUCCAAAUCCAAAGCCACGUCGUCGUCCGCGCGCGCCGCCCGCGCGCCGUCCCUCGCGUGCUUCGCCGCGGCGAGACGCCGCCGCGCGGCCGCGUCCGACGGCGCCGGACCGCCCGCCCCGACCGGCGACGCGUGCACGGUCCCCGCGCGCGCGCCGACGCUGUACCAGACGCGCCCGCUCCCAUCGGUCCUCGUGAUACACACGGGAGGGACGCUCGGGAUGUCCGGCGACGCGUUCCACGACGUCGAGGACGGCGCGCUCGCGGGCGCGAAAGUCUUCAACGAGGGCACCGGGGGCGACUACGCGAAGACGCUGCAGCCGGGCAGCCUCCUCAUGAACCUCGUGACCGCGGUCCCGGAGCUGCGAACGUUCGCGAACCUCGAGGUGAAGGUGCUGUUCAACAAAGACAGCUGCAACGUCGGCCCGAGGGAGUGGAUCGGAAUCGCGCGCGAGCUCGACGCGCAGCGCGAUCGCUUCGACGCGUUCAUCGUCGUCCACGGCACGGACACGAUGGCGUACACCGGCACCGCGCUAUCGCUGAUGCUCGCGGGGUUCAGGAAGCCGAUCAUACUGACCGGGUCGCAGCUCCCGCUCGCGAUGCCGAGGUCGGACGCGCGGCAAAACUUGCUCGACGCCAUCACGUGCGCCACCGCGGGGUUCUCGCCGCCGCACGUCCAGCUCGAAGAGGUCGCCGUGUGCUUCGGCGGGAAGCUGCUGCGAGCGAAUCGAACGAGGAAGACGUCCGCGACGAUAUACUCCGCGUUCGAUUCCCCGGAGUAUCCCGCGCUCGCGAGGCUCGGCGUCGGCGUGGAGUGGAAACGCGACGCGUUGCUUCAGUUCGGCAACGGCAACGGCGGCGGAUCGUCGACGACGGCGUACACGCCGCGCAUGAAGCUCGAGACGAACGUGAUACGCGUCCCUAUCGUCCCCGGGUGCGACCCGAGGAAGGCGUACGGGGAUCUGUACGCGCGCGGCGUCCGCGGGAUCGUGUUGGAGGCGUUCGGCGUCGGGAACAUGCCGGGUCCCGGGAAGGGGACGCACUGGGUCUCGUGGCUGCGCGGGCAGCACAGGCGAGGGAUGCGGCUGGUGCUCACGUCGCAGUGCGAGAGCGGGGAUCUGCACCCGGAGUUGUACGCGACGGGGAGUUCCGUGGUGGAGAUGGGCGUGACGUCGGGGCCGAUGAUGACGCCGGAGUGCGCGGUGGUGAAGCUGAUGCUCUGCUUGGCGCACCCGGACUUGCCGCUGGGGCAGCCGAUCGCGGGGGAGUUGUGAUGGUGUGACGGAGGACGGGGGCGGGGGGGGCGGAGGGUCACCCUCGAGGUACGGUAUCGUACACGUACUGUAUUCUUUCGAACGAUUAGGUAGAAGCAGCUGUAUCAUACGACGACAUUGCGAGCGUUAUCU